AUGGUUUUGAAGAAGUUGGCCUCCCUUAUCUACAACUUCAUUGCUCUGAGAAGGUAUCUAAGGAUUAAAGAUGUAACAACUUACGAAGCAAUGGCAUUGGAUGUUUCGGAGAAUGCAAAGGAGGCCAUGCUUAAAUCCGCAGGAGAAUCAAGCUCAGCCAAGGAUAUGGAGGCUGAGGGUGAAUACUGUUGCGUUUGCUUGUCGAGAAUGAAUGGAGGAGACAACAUGCGGGUGCUACCUUGUCUGCAUAAGUUCCAUAAGUUUUGCAUUGAGAGAUGGUUCGAUGUGUACCAGAAAACAUGUCCUGUAUGCCGGUUUGCAAUGGGGGAAGAGGAGAGGUCAUACAACAGAGAAGAGCAGCUAACUGAAGAGAUGAAACAGACAUGUAACUGUUUGACUGUUAGCAUAAAAGACUGCUUGGAUUCUAAGCUUCGGUGCUAG